UAACAGAUACUAAUAUUUAAUUAGGUAACGGAUAGUAAAAAAAACCCUAAUUUGGCGACCCUGCACUAAGGUGUUGUUGUUUUUCAGAUUCGCUGAUAGUACCAUGUGGAGUGAAUGGCUACUUCAUAAUGGGUGGAACUUGCAUUAAUUUGCACAAUAGGGAGGUUGGUGGGGACACUGCACACUUGACUUGCAAGGCUGAGGGGGCCAGACUUCUGCAGAUUGAGAACCACUCUACUAACACAGCAAUCAAGACGUUUCUGCAGACUGAUGCAGUUCUGAGGAGUCACAGUUACUACAUAGGUGGGCGGUGGUCCAGUAGUGACGCCAGGUUUGUCUGGGAGGAUGGCACACUAGUAGACUACGAUGACUGGAAGGCUCGAUACCCUAACAGGAAAGGAGAACGAAGAUGUAUACUUUUAAAAACUGAAUUUAAUUUCCAAUGGAAGGACAAUAUAUGCUUACGUAAACACUGGUUUAUUUGUGAAUUUGAAAUUCACAGUGUGAAUUAAAAAAACAACAACAACUAAGGAUACAGUAAUGGUUUAUUUCAUUUCUUUUUAAAGUAUUUUUCUGCAUCUGUCAAUAUAUGGUUCAAGUACGCUGUCCUGGACAUACUUCAUAUCUUGGCUGUCUUGUUCGGACAAUGGGUUGUGGUUAGUGAGAGAGAAGUCGACAUAGCUGUUAAAACUCACUUUAGAUACAUGGAUGAUCCGGGAUCGAAUGUGGUACCUACCAGCCGUAUGUCCGAUUACUUAACGACUACAGCACGGGACCGGGGUACGAGUGACGACUCCACUGUUUUUCGAGCGACAACCUUUGAAAAACUGUUACCUUCUUGUAACUCAAAGCACAUUUUUUUUAACAAGGCAUCAUUUGGAAGGCUUGUUUUAAAUUAUGUUGUAUUAACACAUUGUUGUGUGGGUUUUUUUAAAUAGAGACUCUGGGUAAAAAUACAUUUGGGUGUUCAGAUAAGUAGGAGCGACAAGAAUGGGUAUGUAUGUACACAAGCGACAUGUUAAUUUUUGGAUGGCUUCAAACGUGAUAUUCUAGCAUGUUGUGGAUGACAAUUUUCAGCUGGUCAAUAUGAUAAUAGUAGACGUUGUUUUAUGGUCCUCAAAUGGGAUUGGGCACACACCAUUCAGCUUCCACCAUUUCAGGCGUGUGGCGGCACCAAUUUAUGCACGG